AUGGCUGUGCGCACAAAGUCGUAUACCGGCUGUUGGACGUGCCGAAGCCGCAAAAUCAAGUGCGACAAUAAGCAGCCGGUUUGCCAGCAAUGCAUCAAGGGUAAACGGCAGUGCGAGGGCUAUUCAAUCAAAUUGAGAUGGGUCGGGUCAAACAGCGAUCCAAACCCAGGCGAUACGCUUCGGCGGCAAGUCGAUUUUGUAAAGUAUCCUGCCAGCAUGCUGUACGAGACGUACAAUGAACUGGACGACCUCCUGGUAAAACUGCACAAUGGUGCUGUUGCUCCAGGCGAAACUGCGGUUGCUGGUCCUUUUGCGGUCUUUCAAGGUGUGACCGACGCGCAAGAGCUCCCAAGAAAGCGGAGUAAACUUGUGGCUCUUCCCACCCCACCAGUUCGAUCUCCCAACGACACACCGGUUUUUAUGAACCCGCGGUACGCUUCGCCUGCUAAUCAGGGUCACCUUAUAACCAAUCAGUCAAGCAUAGGGCCGUCUCCACAAUCUUUUCAUGGAACAAGCCUUUCUCCCUAUGGAGACGUUGUCUAUGCUGAUGGAUUUGGCGGCUUUGAGCAAGAUCUGGGCGCUAUUAUUGCCCCGACGUUCCCAGGUAUCGACAAAAAGUACGAAGACGUGCUUUUCCAGCCUAGUCCUCUUGAAAUGCUCCCUCCUUUACCACCGGACGAAAAGUUCGAUCUGACUGCGGCCCCAAGACUCUUGGUUUUGUCUCGUUUUCUCCUAGAGCACUACCGCGACCAUGUCACACCAUAUAUGAUGGUUGUAAUCCACGAUCGUAACCCGUGGCGUACUAUUUAUUUGCCCCGAGCCUAUGCAGCUAUAGGUGAUAUCACUUGCACAGGCGAAACAACAUUUGCUCGUUAUACAGGUCUUCAUGCCAUGACGGCUAUUGCAGCAUUCCAUUUGCGUUUGAAAUUCGAUCCUGCAUCUAUGCCUUACCAGUAUUAUACCGAGCUGGGUGAACGUCUUGAAACCCAGGCUCAGCAUUGGCUCUCAAAAUGUUUGAAGGGCUCUAAUAUUGGCAAAUACAAGGAUCUUCUGGUUGCCCUAUUGUCUAUGGCUACCCUGCAUAUGGUCAAAGGCUCAACAGGUUCCGGCGAAGUUCCUUUGGGAGCUGCUCAGCGGUUAAUCAAUGUACGGUAUCGCACGCGACCUAAAAUGAGCCGAAAGGCCAAAAUUCUCCAUCGCAUCUGUGUUAUGCUUACUCUCCUUCAAAAGGCAACAGUUAUGACCCACCAAUCGGAGUUGGGUGCUAUCCACCAAGAGCAUGAUCUGGAAGACGCAUGGAUCGAUAAAACGUUCGAUGAUGUUGUCGUUCCUCAGGAUCCCAAGCAAAUUCAAAAACUCGAGAAAUUGCAAUCGCGUCAGGGGCCGCUCAAUUACAUGAAUGAUCCCUUGCAGCUAGAGGAAUACUUUAGCCAGUAUGACAACAUGGGCAUGGUGGACGAUAUUUUCCACAUUGGAGACGUUGCAAGGGCUCAGCAACCAUCUGAUCUACCCGCGGCAAGCAGCAACCGACUACCGAGUGAUUAUGAAGCUGUUUCAACCCAACUGAUUCACGGACUUACUCCACCGCUGGUAUACAUUUUCAAACAGGUUGUGUCGGUAUCUCGUAAGGCAUUGCACCAGCGUGAAGCAAACGGAGGUGAUACGGGCACAUUUUCAAGCGAGUUAAUUUUGCAGUGUACAGAGGUAGAAGCCCAGCUUGCCACCUACAAAUCUCAGAUCGAGGCCACAAGCUCAGAAGCCCUGAGUCCGAAAAUCAACGAAAUGCUGAACCACCAUUGCCACGCUUGUCAUAAAGCCCUGAUUGUUUACCAUUACCGUAUGUCCAAAGAUGUCAAUCGCACAUUGCUCCAGCGUACGCUACUGCAAGUAAUCCAGCACCUUGAGGCAAUCAACGAGUUCAACAAGAGACAGCCCCGCGCUCUAGUCAUUCCAUUUUUGUUCCCUGGUUUUAUCUGUGCAUGCGAAGUCGAGUCUGAUAACGAGGAUCUUCGCUACAGAUACUACUCGUGGCUGUUAGAAAUGAAACGCACCGGGUUGUCUUCUUAUGCAACCGUCAAUUCCGUUAUCGAGGAAGUCCACAAACGCCGCAAGGCCGGUAUGAGCUCCAACUGGUGGGACAUUGUGCGCGAAUGGGACCUGAACCUCAUUUUAACAUAG